AUGGCAUCCCAUGAUGAGAUCUGGGACGACUCUGCCCUAGUGAACUCAUGGAACGAGGCAUUGGCAGAGUACAAGAAAUAUCACAGCAUACACGCCGAAGGAGCAGCACUUCCCGAGGGUGUCGCUGGUGACUUCAAGGAUCAAAAUGCCAAGCCUAGUGCUGCUACAGAUGUCCAUCAGCAGGAGGGAGAGGAGGUAGAAGAAGGAGAGGAGAUGGAGGAGGACGGCGCGGCACCCGCUGUUGAAGUCAAGAUCGUUGAAAGCCAGCAACCAGCAGCUGCUGCUGGUCCUACCGCCGCCACCGCGACGAGCUUACCCGGUCCCGGGCCCCAACUGAUGUUGGGCUCUGUGCAAGAUGAAGAGCUCAAGAAGCUCUUGAUGUCAUGGUACUACGCAGGCUACUACACCGGUCUUUAUGAAGGGAAACAAAAGGCUUUGCAGGAACAGGCACAGAAGUAG